AUGCGGGUUUCCGCUGCGGAUUCUUCCUUUCUGCCGCAGCCGAGCCAGUUUGCAUCCACCAUCCUUCAGUAUCCGGAAGGAGACGCCGCUUCGAAAGACGCCGAGGAGUCGCCGGAGAAGCAGCCGCAUCCCUUUGGAGUGCAGCCGCAGCCCCUCCCCGUGGCUGCUCUGCCAGACGCGGCGAUGGUGUCUAAGGUGGAACCGGAGGAGAGAGCGGCGGAGGAUGCAGAUACCGCGCUCUCUGAAGUUCCACCGGAGCUUGCUCCAGGCAAGGCGAGUAAGAAGGAGAAGAAGGAAAAAAAGGACAAGAAAGAAAAGAAAAAGGACAAGAGAGCCAAGAAAGAGAAAAAGGAAAAGUCAGACCCGACAACGGAAGCACAGCCGAGAGAGUCCAAGAGGCAGGCAGCACCACAGGUUGCAGUUGUGGCUGCGCAGCUUGACAGCUCCAGCUCUAGCAGUGCCGAGAUUGAGCCAAUAAGAAGCACGCCACCUUCGCGAGACUACAAGACGCAUUUAUGCAGCGAAUUCUUGGAGGGUAGGUGCCGCAAAGGCAGCGCGUGCCCAGCUGCGCACUCCCAAAGUGAGCUCAGACAGCCUGGAGAGGCAGCUGCAGAUUUCCGACGGCAAGUGCGAUCUCGGACCACGAGAGACGGUGGAGGCGACAUGCCGCCUCGGGGCCCAGGACCGCCGGGGCCAGCUCGUCAAGCCAUACCCGGAGCGCAUGCGAUGGGUGUUCAUCAUCUCAUGGACCCACUCAUGAUGGGACAUCCAGCCAUCAUGACGGUGCCCUUCAUGGCGCCCGAGAUGAUUCACGGGCCGUCGCACUAUCACCCAAUGGCCAUGAUUGUGGACCCAGCCAUGGUGAUGCCUAAGCUUAAAGAGAAGCAAGAGAAGAAGAGCAAGAAGGGUCACAGGGAGGAGCGUGAUCGCGAAAGGGAGAAGCAGAAACGAAAGGCAGAGAAGACAGCCGAUGCUUCCACAAAGCGGCACGACCAGGAGAAGCGGCAGCAGCCUAAAGAGAAAGUCGCCAAGCACAAGGCCCCGCUCCGACCAGUGCUGAUACAUUGUCUUCCGUCGGGAACCUGUUUUUGA